AGCGAGCAAGACCUUCCGUUGCCCUGGAUGCAUCCUGCACAAGGGAGUGAGACCUGCGCCUGGUUGGAUUGCUGGUAUUAUUUCGUGCGAUAGAGGGCACUUGGACCGCUCAGAGCAUAUAUUUCACCCGAGUCCCGCUUUCUGUUGGAUCUCUCCUUUUCCUCUGAUUCUUUUCCAUCCUCCCUUUCUAUCCCCCUGUGUUCACCAUGGAGCUGCAAUCCCUGACUGGCGCUGCGCAUACGCUCCAGACUUUUGGUAUUGCGUCUGUCGUCUUCGUGUUACUAUGGUUUCUUCCUCGAAUCCGAUUGGAGGCUCGGCUUCGCAAGCUUCCUGCCUAUGUCUAUGAGGACAGCGGCAAGAAGACGGCUACUACGUACAUGACAUCGGCGAAGAGGAUCUACAUUGCGGGCUACAAUAAGUUCAAAAACCAUGUUUUCCGCAUUUCCACCAACGAAUCAAUCGACACCGUCGUAGUCCCUGUGAAAUUCCUCCCAGAGCUUAGAAAACUGCCGGACUCGGUUCUCAGUUUCCCGGAGGCCGUGGCGGACCUUCUCCACACCAAGUACACAAAGAUCAGCACCGACGAGCCCAUCUCUGCUCACGUGGCCAAAGCUGACUUGACCCCCGCUCUCGCACGUCUUAAUCCCAUCAUCGAUGAAGAAGUUGAACAGGCAAUGGCGGAGGAAAUGCCUCCUUGCGAAGACUGGACCGAAGUCUACAUCUACAUGAAGCUCGUCAACGCCGUAGCCAAAGUCUCUGGUCGUGUCUUCGUCGGUCCCGAGCUCUGCCGCAACAAGGAAUACCUCGAUGCCGCCGCAAACUACACCCUGGAUUUGAUAUCCGCGCAGCGCAAAAUCUCCGAAAUAAAACCCUGGCAGCGUCCGUUCCUGGCUCCCCGGCUCAAGGAAGUGAAGCAAUUGCGCAUAAGAGAAGAGAAGGCAAAGGAAAUCCUGGAACCGGUCGUGAACGCACGAAGGGAAGCCGAGAAGAAUGAUCCAACCUAUAAGAAGCCGGACGACAUGUUGCAGUGGCUUAUGAAUCGGGGGUCAGAUUAUGGCAGGGACUCGAUUGAGAGCUUGGCAAAGGUGCAGCUGGGGCUCAUUUUUGCGGCCAUUCAUACGACGACGCUGACAGCUACCAACAUCUUGUACACAAUGGCGGAGCGAACCGAGUACAUCCAGCCCAUCCGCGAAGAAAUCCGUCAAGCGAUGGCCGAUAACGACGGCGUGAUGACGUAUCGAGCAUUGCAGCAGAUGGAGAAGCUAGACAGCUUCAUGAAGGAAACAAUGCGUUUCUACCCUCCGGGAUUCACCUCGUUCAACCGCAAAGUCCUCCGCGGCUUCACCCUCUCGAAUGGACAAUAUAUUCCCGCAGGCGUAACCAUUGAAGUGCCCUCCCACGCCGUCUACCAGGAUUCGUCCAACUACCCCGACGGCGAUGUUUUCGACGGUUACCGCUUCUACAAGCUGCGCCAACAAGGUGGCGCGCAGAACCACGCUCGCAACCAAUUCGUCACGACGAACGAGACGAAUCUUGCAUUCGGGUAUGGCAGACAUGCUUGCCCGGGACGGUUUUUCGCGAGCAACGAGAUUAAGAUGAUGUUGGCGAGAACCCUGUUAGAGUAUGAUUUUAAACUACCCGAGGGAGUAACGGAGAGAUACCCUAAUCAGGAGUUUGGGAGAUCAACUUCACCCGAUGCGGCGAAACCGUUGCUGUUCAAGAAAGUGAAGGCCUGAGUGGAAUUUGUAGUUUGCGUCGCUGGCUUUACGGAGUGAAAGUAAUCGCAUGUCUUGACAGUGUGCCGUUUGCAACUUGCGCCUCUAUCUCACACCCAAAUCGCCAAUUCCCCGAAGUUUGGACUCUUCAUAACCAGGGA